AUGACUUCUAGUAAGCCCUGCGAAAAGGCGAACUGUAGGGUAGCACGGGCACCGCUUUUCUAUAGGGCACAUGUCUACAAUCCAUAUGUCAAAAAUAUCCUUAUUGGAGGUGGUCUGAUGGUAUUGGGAGAGAUUUGUGCACAAUCUAUCAAGAUGGUUUAUGCUCCUUCAGAACCUACUGAGCAUAAAACCACUAGUUCUAGUGACACGGAUGUUGGUAUGGAGGCAAAAAAAGUGAGAAAGUCCUGGGUGGAGAUCGUCCGCAGUUAUGAUCCAAAGAUGAUUGCUAGACAAGGUGCUAUCGGUUCAUUUCAAGGGUUGUAUCAAUACAUUUACUACAGCUGGUUGGAUAAAGCGCUUAUCGGUGCUUCAUUGUCAGUAGUAGUGAAAAAAGUGUUAUUAGACGAAUUAUUUUUGGGUCCCAUAAGCUUGGUGAUAUUUUUUACAUAUAACGGCUUCUGUGAUACAUUUACAGCGACUGGUGCUAUUGAUCGGUGUUAUCAUUCAUUUAUUCCUGGUUAUCUAUCCGAUCUGGCUUUUUGGCCGCUUUUACAAACUAUCAAUUUCGCUUUUGUACCCACUGCUUAUCGUGUCUUAUAUGUGGCAUUUUUUACCAGUAUAUGGAAUACUUAUUUAUGCUUUUUCAAUGCUCGAAUGAGCGCCAACACUUCUCAACAUAAUGAAGACAAAGAGGAGAACAGUCAACUUCAGAAGAAGAUUAAAUAA